AAGCAGAGCGGUCUUUGAGACAGUUAGGGAAGACAUCUAGUAGCCGCCAGUGACACACCAAGACACCUUCACUUAGCAAACCUGGGAUAAAUCUAGAAAGGGCUACUUUAGAAAGCAACCAAUGAAACGCUCUACCUGUGAACUAACUAGCCAAUCAAAUCUUUGCAAAUUUUGAAAAAAAAAAGACACAACAGUAAAACCAAAAAUAACGACCAAAAACAAAAAAUAACAAAACAAAAAGAUAUAAGAAACAAAACAAUUAAAACAAGAUCAAAACCCCCGACCAAAUCAUAAAUAACGUAAACUAAUCGAAUCAGACGAAGUUGUGCGCAAACCUGACUACGUCUACCGAAAGUUAUAUACAACAGGUGUGUCUGUGUGUGUAUAUAUAUAUAUAUAUAAUAGGAUAUAUACAUAUGUAUAUAUGUAUAUAGAUAUAAAAUUUAUAUUUGUAUAUAUCAAUUGAUUAUAUAUAUAUAUAUACAUAAAUAUACAUAUAUAUAUAUGUAUAUAUACAUAUAUAUUUAUACACUCAGACACAUUUCUCAUUAGUGGAAUUAAAGAAAAAGUAUAUAUAUAUAUACAUAUAUACACACACACAUAUAUAUCAGGCAAAAUUUUGCAGUGAGGGGCAGGCAAUAACUAUAAGAAAAAUAACAUUUUUCUGCAAAGAAUUAAAACUGAAAAAGAGAACAAGAACCAAAGCAGGAAUCGAAACUGAAUAAUAGAUAUAUAUAUCUCUAUACAUAUUUUAACCGAUAUAUAUCUAUAAAAAUUACGAACUUUAUCACGUAAUAUCUGAUUGAUUUUCGUGACUAUUUAAUUUCUGUUAAUAAUUUCGAUUCCUGUAUUAACAGCGAAAGAUAUUGAAUCAGACUGAAGUAUUAUUGAAGAAGAAAAUUCUAAGAGAGAGCAAAGAUUUCUUCAGAAAAAAAACCAAAAUAUUAGAACGAAGCUUAAGGAGAUAUUUCUAAGAAAUACAUUUGGAACAAAACGAGACGAGAGAUACUGAAAUUACAUUACACGUGUGCUGCUGAAUUCUAACCGAAUAUUUUGAAGGUGAAACACGACCUACUAAUAUAAAUACACACAUAUACACAGAUUUAUAUAUACAUAUAUAAAUAUAUAUCUAUUUAACUUGAUCCAAAAAAGUUCACAAAUUAACUUAGUGAAAAUGUCGAGUAUAAAAAGUAGUGUAUUUGCGAUUUUAAUCGUUGUGGUACUUUUACCCCUUGUAAAGGGUUGUUUCUGGACAAGCUGCCCUAUUGGUGGUAAAAGAAGUAAUAUACCUGCAACAGAACCGAGACAGUGUAUGUCUUGCGGACCAAAUGGUGAAGGCCAGUGUGUUGGAUCCAACAUAUGCUGCCACAAAGACGGUUGCAUCAUAGGCACGCUCGCAAAGGAAUGCAAUGAGGAAAACGAGAGUACGACAGCAUGUUCUGUGAAAGGGGUGCCGUGUGGAACCGACGGACAAGGACGAUGUGUUGCCGAUGGUGUUUGCUGCGAUGAAUCUGCCUGCUCGUCGAACGUUCGCUGUAACACCAGUGGAGGACGUAGUAAAACUUUGAAAGAUUUACUCUUGAUUCUAAACAAAAUGUAUAGGGACAAAAAUUAAAGACCCUUCCCCACGUCCCAGAGAACAUAUAUAUCUGAUGGCAAUGUGAGAGAUUCUAGACUGUAUUUGGAAAAUUAUAAAUAAAUACUAAUAAAUAAAAUUCAAUGCUAAAUAAAUACUUGUGGCAGAUAUGUUAAUUUACCUAUUGUAAUAGAAACGAAAAAAAGAAACAUAAGAGAUGAGAAAAAUAUCAAUAAAAAUAAUGAAAUUUAAAAUGAAAUAUUAUAAUUAUAAUUAUGAGAUAAUUAAUUCAAUAAAAACAUUUGAAUUGUAUUCUUGCAAAUUUCAA